AUGGCGACGACGGAGGAGAAGGGCGAAAGCGGCUCGUUGAAUGAAACAGAAUUUGUUUUUAAAAAAGGUGCUACUUCAGUGGUGUGGAACUGGUUCGGUUUCCGCCCGUCAGAUACCCAACAAAGCACAAUUUUUUGUAGAACAUGCAAGCGGGCUGUUGUGGCGAAGGGAGGAAACACCACAAACUUAUUUCAUCAUUUGAAGCAGAAGCACUUUUUGGAGUACAACAAAGCUGUUAAAGCACGCGAAGAUGCGUCACCUUCAACAAGUGCGGUGGUAAGACCAAAGAAGCUGACUCAACAAACAAUCGGCACAGCUAUAAAUAGCUGCACCCCGUAUGACAAAAGUAGAAAACGCUGGAGAGAACUAACUAAUGCAGUGACGCAUUGUUUAGCCAGGGAUAUGAUGCUCGUUCAGAGUGUGGAAAAAGGUUUCACAAAGAUGCUUAAAACAUUUGAUUCACGCUACAAGCUGCCCACCAAGAAAUACUUCUCUAAAGUCGCUUUGCCUGCUUUAUAUGAAGAGGUUCGUACUGAGGUGGCAAAUGCAUUAUCGUCUGUGGAGUUUUUUGCGUCCACCACGGACAUGUGGUCAAGCCGAACAUCAGACCCCUACAUGAGCCUCACAAUACAUUACGUGGACAAAGACUGGAAGCUAAAGAACAAGUGCCUUGAAACAAGUUUUUUCCCCGAGGACCAUACCGGGGAAAAUAUAGCCAAAGGCCUAAAAGAGUUCCUCAGCUCGUGGAAUCUUCAGGAGGAAAAACAGGUGUGUGUGACGACAGACAGCGGGGCCAACGUUGUGAAGGCUGUCGCACUCAACAACUGGACCAGACACUCAUGCUUCGGACAUCGCCUGCACAUUGCCAUAGAAAGAAGUGUGAAGGACCAAAGGAUUGAUCGAGCAGUUGGGGUGAGAAAGAAGAUUGUUGGUGCCUUUGGCCACAGCUGGAAGCGCCAGCGUGCUCUGCAGGCUGUCCAAAAAGAACUGGGCCUACCAGAACACAAACUCAUAACUGAAUGUUGCACUCGUUGGGGCUCAAAGCAGAGAAUGAUCCAGCGACUGCUGGAACAAGAAAAGGCUAUAACACAGGUUUUAGCUGCUGAUAAAACCACAAGGCACCUCAUGUUGACAUGGCAAGACAUUCAGGUGCUUGACUCCGUCAGCGCUGCAUUGAGUCCACUUCUAGAGUUUACAGAUGCUUUUUCUGCUGAAGAGUAUGUGACCAUUUCAUGUGUUAAGCCUGUUCUUCAGAUGUUUAACAACGACCUGUUAAAAGUAAAAGAGAGUGACACACCACUGACCAAAGACAUCAAAACAGCAAUACUCGACUACAUGAACAAAAGCUACAAAGACAGCAUCACAGAGAGGCUUAUUAACAUGGCUCCUCUACUUGAUCCACGUUUUCGCACAGAAUAUUUCAGCGAGAGUGAGAGCGAAGCCAUCAAAGUUCAGGUCAUGAGUGAACUAGAGCAUCUUGUGUCACCCCAGGGUAGCACAGCCACAGGUGUUUCAGAAACACUUCCCACAUCUGCUGGAGACCAAACAAGUCAGGGAGCCGCUAAAAAGCCAAAAAAGAGUCUCGGGAGUUUUUUGAAGGGACCUGUUCACACGGUAAACUUUCCCAACAUCAGCAGAUUAGCUAGGAAGUACCUCUGCAUUCCAGCAACUAGCUCUGCAUCUGAAAGGUUGUUCAGUACAGGGUAUGGCAUCUCCUGGAUAAAGGCGGUGAUAUGUCAGGCGGGGAACACCCCACACCACAUCAAGAACUCCACCGACUUCACUGACAAGGUCCAGAAACUUACCCUGGAUCCAGAUGAAACCAUGGUGUCCUUUGACGUAGUCUCCCUCUUCACUUGCAUACCCACUACAGAGGCAGUGGAGACUGUCAGAAAACGACUACAAGAAGACAGCACCUUGGAGGACAGGACCAACUUCACACCCGAUCAGAUUUGCAUACUGUUAGACCUCUGCCUCACCACUACAUGUUUCAAAUACAACGAAGGUUUCUACAGACAAAAACAUGGCUGCGCCAUGGGCUUCCCCGUGUCACCUAUUGCAGCCAACCUUUACAUGGAGGAAAUCGCCUUACGCUAUUUUGGUGUGGAGUAA